AUGUUCACUUCUGAGCGGGAAACGAACUUGAAAGAAAGUAAAAAUGUUGCGACGUCACAAAUCAAUGACUUCAAUACUUUUUCCAGCAGUGGGACCAGCAACUCUAACAACUUCAACAAUUACCUUGAAACGUCCGGGAAAGAAAAACUGUCAAUCUCAUUCAAACAACAGGCUAAUGGUCCAACCUGUUCUACUUUAUCACAAUGUAAUGCAUUCAGUAAGAAAAAAGCUUUACAGAGUCCAUUGACUGAUAAUGAUUCGCCUAAAAAGUAUACUAUCCUGUUAAACGCCGUAUUAUAUCUCGACAGCCUCGAACGACCAACUUUUGUACAGCAGAAUCAACCUAUAAAUGAUGAAUCGACUUUACGAUCUACUACUAGGAGUACUAAUACUGAUAAUAGUCUUGGUAAUAUAGGUAUCACAAAUUACUGUGAAAAUUCAAAUGCCUCAAAUCAUAUUUCCAAACUGCGUACAACAUGGACCUUAGAUAAUCCCCUUCUUCCAUCUCCUACCUCCGAGUGUUGA